AUUCUGCUGUUGACAGUUUUCAGUCUCCAAGGAUGAACAUAGGCGGCUCAAAAAGCCGUCGUUCAACAUUUCGGUUCACUUCGUGAUGUGUCUGUUCACGUUCUUGGCGGCUACGAGCAGAGGAAGAAACACUGGAUCAAAGCAUUAUAUUUUAUUACACCACCAAUAAGACCACGGUACGAUUACACAAGAUUCCAUAGAAUAUCAGGCCGGGAGAACCGUAGUUUCCAAUAAACACUGAUUUACCUGCAUGGUAAUCGUGUUCUGCAUAAUGUAGGCUGUAAUAAUUAUUUGCAUGAGGGAGCUGUAUUUUUUUGCAUAAUAAUGUGCUUUGAAUAAUGUGCUUAUGAGCUGUCCUAUACAGUGGAUCAGUAACCCACACUGGGUUACACUGAUGGACACUUAUAUAUGAGUCUCACAGCAAACAGUAGACUGCUGGGAGGCUGAGGGUCUGUGAUUGGAACAGCUUUCCUCUCCAUUGUAGAGUAACUGCUGGUAGCCUGAAGCUUCCUGUGGCUUUCUUUUGUCUGCAUGCCAGUAUAGAAAGUACUCUCCUUGAACUGACCAGAUGGAUCCGUCUACAACGCAGGACAUGCAGUGUUCCGUUUAUUACAGCACUGGCCUGCAGGUGCAGCAUAAUUGUGAAAUAAGUCAUAUGGACUGGGGGUUCUAAAUUACUGAUUGCUACAAUAUUCUGCAUUGUCAUUACCUUGCCAAUAUUAAUGGCACCUCAUUAACACAGCAACCCCAUUAAGACCGGCAUGAUGGGAUAAUUACCCACCAUGCCAAUGGAUCUUUUACACCGGGGUUUGCAUCCUCUAAUCAAGGAUUAAUUAUACCUUAGUGGCUGUGAUUAAUGAGAAGACAAUUGGUCUUGAUCCCAUGCUAAAGGUGAAGUAGGUGAUUAGCUGUGCUCUGCAUUACUUCUUUCCACUGGUCAGAGACAUCUACUGAAUGUGGCGUGGAAGGCAGAAUCAAUGUCAUGUUGUGGUUCCAGCAAUCAACCAGCUCUGAGCUCAUUGGAUGAGUUUGAUUGUUGAGUUUGUUUAUCGCUUGUGUUUCACUCCGGGAGCCCAGCAAUCUCCUGCAGUGGUUCAGGCACCUUUUUCUGGUGUCACAAAAGACGCUGGAAAUCAGCAAGUCAAACCUACACUUGAUUCAAAUCAAACAUGCUCUAACUACGUCAACAGCGAAGGAAUAGUCACAGGUUUAAAUCAUUUAUAUUUACCACCAUAGCCCUAACUCUUAUGAAGGUAAAUCAGAAAACAUACCACAUCUUCUGGCUGGUUGCACCUGUGGAGUCGACUAGCAGGUCAUGUGUUAUGCCUCUGCGGAUUUGAAAGCUUUGUGUCAUCACCUCGCCUGCAGUGAACCUUUAGAUCGCUUUGGGCUUCAUGAUAUCUGCUUCAGGCUGUUUUUUUGUGACAGGUGUAGUCCACAUUCACAGUUUGCGAUUCAACCCAACAUUAUGGACUCCAAACACUCUUUUACAGCCUACUGUCACAGACCCAUUGCCUUAGAUCACAUGCAAACAGAGGAAUUUUGUUGUGUUUCAGAUUGCUUUUUCAUGAGGCGAUGAAAGGACCGCUCGCAGCCCUUCCUGACCUAUUUUCGGGUGUGUAGUGGCUCCACUGGGGGCAGAGGGAUCGUAAAUCGCAAAUGUUUUUCUGCAGAGCUGACCCUGUGAGCCAGAUCCUUGUAUGGUGAUUCAAGCUGACUUUUCAUGGUGGCACAAAGAUGGUUCAUUAGAAGGCUGCUUUUCUACUUCCUGGGCCAGCUCAUCAUGUCACUGGCUGAGGGGGGGAUGCACUGUCUUGUAUUGUAUAAAGCCUUUUAGAAAGUCAGGGAUCACCCUCACUCUCUCGAGUGUUGACUCUAUACUGGAGACGUCUUUCAGCAAGUGUUAAAGUUGCAACUUGUUGUCUUUGAACUGUUAAUAAGCUGCUAAUAACAUCCAUGAAUAAAUAUAAAUGUCCUCAACCUUGAUCAUACAAUAGACUCAGUUCAACACAAGAGCUGAGUGUUUCGAUUGAUCUCUAUGUUCUGACAAAUGACUUUACUGUUGGGUACACGGUGAACUUAAUCAAACACCUCCUUCGUACCAACGGUUAAAAUACAGCGGCAGGGAGAAACUGCAUGUAUUAUUAGCACAAACCCACUUCCUGUAUUUUAGCAAAGGGUUUUCAAGUUAACAUCUCCAUUUUAGCUUUUGUAUUGAGUGGCGUUCAGUCUGACCUUGAAGCACCCUCUGUGAUGUGUGCCGCAGGUAAUGACGUGGCUCAGGUCCGACCCCGGAGAUGCCGAAGAGACGGGACAUAUUAGCCAUCGUGUUGAUCGUGUUGCCUUGGACUCUACUGAUCACCGUCUGGCACCAGAGUACCAUCGCCCCCCUGCUGGCUGCUCGAAAGGAUGACAGACAUGAGAGUCGGCGAGACUCUCGGAACACCUUCGGCCUUAGGGAGCCCUGCUCCAUGGAGAACCGAGACAUUGUGGAAGUUGUCCGCACAGAGUACGUCUACAGCCGGCCUCCGCCCUGGUCCGACGUGCUGCCCACCAUCCACAUCAUCACCCCCACCUACAGCCGACCCGUCCAGAAGGCGGAGCUCACCCGGCUGGCCAACACCUUCCUCCACGUCCCCAACCUGCACUGGAUCCUGGUGGAGGACUCCCAGAGGAGGACGCCCCUGGUCACCCGGCUCCUCCGGGACACAGGGCUCAACUACACCCACCUCAACGUGGAGACCCCCAGGAACUAUAAGCUGCGUGGGGACAUGAGAGACCCGCGGAUCCCCCGGGGAACCAUGCAGAGGAACCUGGCGCUGCGCUGGCUCCGGGAGACGUUCAGCGUCAACAGCAGUCAAGCUGGCAUCGUCUACUUUGCAGACGACGACAACACCUACAGCCUGGAGCUGUUUGAGGAGAUGCGUUCGACCAAAAAGGUGUCGGUGUGGCCUGUGGCCUUCGUAGGAGGCCUGCGCUACGAGUCCCCUAAAGUCAACACCCUGGGGAAAGUGUACGGUUGGAAGACUGUAUUUGACCCACACCGGCCCUUCGCCAUCGACAUGGCUGGCUUUGCGGUCAACCUGCAGCUUAUUCUGUAUAAGCCUCAGGCCUACUUCAAGUUGCGAGGAGUAAAGGGAGGCUACCAGGAGAGCAGCUUACUGAGGGAACUGGUCACACUCAAUGACCUGGAGCCCAAGGCUGCUAAUUGCACUAAGGUACUUGUAUGGCACACGAGGACAGAGAAGCCUGUUCUGGUGAAUGAAGGCAAGAAAGGAUUCACUGACUCCAAUGUAGAGAUAUGAUACUUGGUCUGAUACCAGGUGAUGAAAGAGAUAUGUAAAUGACUCUGACCCCCUGGAGGGCUGCGGAGGGCCGACACGCUCUCCUAGGCCCCCCAGGGACUUGACAUGAACCUGGAAACCUACUGUAGAAUCGAAGCUUGUCCUGCUGAAUAUGUAUUGCACAUUUGUUAUUCAAAAUGUAAGAAUACUGGAUAGAACAUGUGUUCGCUGCCCACUAAGCACACUGGCUUUUCAGGUACCUCCUCUGGCUGGGACAGUGGAGUAUUCUGUAUUCUGGCUGAGUGAGGGAGUCAGUGGUGCUUGUACUGUACAGUUCUUUAGGUCCACCCCUGGCUGCUAUGGUAACAGUUCUAAAAGGGGAGCCAACCAGUCCACAAAUACAGUACUGUAGCACACAGCCUCAAACACGGGCAUCAAAUAUCAAAGCACAAAGUCACAGAGGAGAGCAAUAUUCAGCUGAGCGCAUUGGCGCCCUGAUGACAGGAAGGCUGCCAAGAUGAGCUGGCCAGAGAGCAAAGAGAGAACAAGUCAGGCAAUGCAGAGCGCAGGACUCAUAGACGCUGGAUCCAAUAGGAAGCAUCCUCCAACCAGCCAAAACAAGCCAACCAUCCCAUCAGUGUUCUCGAACCACACAUUGGACCAAUCAGUGGCCUGGUGGUCUCUCCUCUCUGUAGGGGGAGCUGGCCCCGGUUGUCCAGGCCUGGCCUGUUGUGGGGUGUGAAGCAGGAAAGAAGAAUGGGGGCCUUGUCUGGCGGGGAUCAGCAGUGACUGACAGACUGGUCAGGGAGGACAUGAACCCAUCCCGUGUUCACUGUAAAACACUGAGCUAUUCAGACAGCGCCCUCAACUUCAUUGCAAAUGAGACACACGCAUGCAGACACUCAAAUGCAGACACACACACACACACGUACACACAAAGCAGGGAGAAAAAUAGCUAGUCUAACACUACGUUACUGUAAUCAGAGCUUCAUUUUUUCCCUUCCAUUCGUAUGCACACAUUUCCUGAUCAUGCAACACUACUGAUUUUGUUUCAGCACUUUCAUGUUCAGAUCAGGGUCUUCUGUACAGAUUACAGUAUAUAUCACAGAGUUCUCCAACAGAAAUUAUUGAUCUUUAAAGGUAUGUGACA